AUGUACUCGGAUACGGAAGAGCAGAGAGCCCUUCCGAUGCCUGUAGCGGCAGUUGUGCCACCUAACGAAUACUACAGCAAAGAGCGCCAAAAUUAUUCAAUCCCAAUUGGAAUCGGUGUGCUGGCCUCUCUAUUUUUCCCGCCACUAGGCAUCCCAGCGCUGAUUUUGGCGGUGAUGGCGUACAACAAACGAAACAACUUGAACGAGUCUGAGAGGCUCAAGAGGAUUUCUUACAACUUCAGCCUAGCAGCCUUCCUAGCACUGAUCCUCGUCUUUGCAGCCGCUUUAAUGGCGGCAUUCGCCAACCGUGGUAGCGACAUUUUCAUCAGGACGAAGGAGUUACCUGCCGUCAGAUAUUUCUGGAAAUCCGAAGCCUAA